AUGUCCUUCAACUCAAACUUCAUUGAGUCGCCUCAGAGCAAGGCAGAUCAGCAGCGCCUAUACAGAGAGAAGGAGGGAGAGGGAUUCGCGGAUCUUCAGCUAGCAAUUCGUGAAGUGACGGCGGGGAGGGUUGACCCGGCGAAACGCCAUGAAACACUGAAGGCAGGCAUGUCAAUCCACUCUAAAAUUAGAGAGCUCAGUCGUCAGAAUGAAGAGUUACGCAGACAACUCAACGGAGUACCUCAUUCGUCGUGGGGAGCGCAAGGUGCAUUACCUGGCUACUGGACUCACUCAGAUGCUAAACAGCACACAGGUGGUCAGACACACGGGGCAUGGUCGGGGGGAACUACCGCUAUCCCCUAUGUUCCUGAGUCUAGUUUCGGUGCUCCGGGGAAUAACUUCAGCUCCGCGCAGUAUCCCGAUCAAUAUUAUUCUGGCAAUGCUGCACUGCCGGAUACGAACUACUUGCGAGGGUACCCCGGACAAGGCAGGGGCAUUUAA